GACGCUUAAGAUCAAUGCUUGAUGAGUGCUGAGUGGGAGAGGAAACAGCUAUUUUUAUUUAUUUAUUUAUUUUUUUGCGUGGAAUAACGUGCAAAUGCUUUCUUUUACGCACCCUGAACAGACCCCCAGUUUGUUCAUGUUUGUCACUGGGGUAUAGUAGAAAGUCCAAAUGAAUAGGUGUAUAGGUGUAUUCUGUGCGCUUUAGGUAUGUCUGCUGCAGAUUUCUUAAAUGAAGGCGGAGCUUUUCUUGAUUUCGUAUCUAAGAGAUGUCAAAUACACGCUGGUUAUUGUCAGCACUGUGCAGUGGACCCAGCACUCGGAGGGCGAAGCAGCUCUAUGCUUGUGUGUUAACUGCAAGUCGUUUGGAAAAAACGUGUCUUUCCUCCAGUCCUCUACUUUUGUUGUUGCUGUUUUCUCACGUGCAUGUUGCGCUUGUGGAUUUUCCCUGGAGCCUAACCGAAGCUGUACUGCGUUUUAACUGAAGCAAUAUGUGGACAUGCGGAGAGACGUGGUGCGAGUGGCGAGCUGGAGCUGGACCAUGGUUUUGAGAAGAGCAGACCAGCACCAGUUUUACAUGGAGUUAACACCAUUGCUUUUUUAUUUUGGCGCUAUGGUUUUGAGACAAGCCAAGUGUAGCUCACCUUGCAGUUUGGAGAUUCAAAAUGUGGUGAAGUCUUUCCUGGACGUGCUUUCCAAAGUGGAUUUAUACAAUUCCACGCUAUACACACCAACGCUAAACAAUUAUAAGAGGCUUCAAGAUGUUGUCUUCUCACUCCAGCAGAACUGUUCCAGAUCCACACUGAAGUGCUUUGGAAAGGAGAUGACCGUUCUCGUUCAAGAGACAGAUUUACCCCAAUCUACUAUAUCUACUUUACCCAAAAGGCUCCAUGAACUCGCACGACAUCUUAGUGACAAGAUGCCUUGCCCACAAUGUGAGGUCUACAAAGCAGAAGAGGCUAAAAAAUUUCUCAACACUUUGAUGAAUAUUUUGGAAUAUAUUUGUUCAAGCAAAACCUGAAUCCAAAUGAUCUAACAAGCUUCAGAUAAGCUAGGUACUCAAGAGAAAUGUGUUCCUGAGUGGAACCCAUGUUCCGUUUGUAGCCCAUCUGCCUCAAGGACUGAAAUGUUGUGUCUUGGGUUGUAAAGAGUGGUUAUUUGAGUUACCGUAUUCAUCCUGUUAGCUCGAACCUGUAAGCCCAUUCUCUACUGACUUCUCAUAAACAAGGUGUUUUUGCCCAAAGAACUGCUGCCCACUGGAUAUUCUUUGUUUUGUUUUUCUUUUGCACUCUUCUAUGUAAAUUCUAGAGACUGUUGUGUUUGAAAAACACAAACCAGUAAAUAAAAUACACAAACCAGCCCAACUGGAACUGACAACCAUGCAAUGAUGAAAAUCUUUAAGAGCAUGAUUUUCCCCAUGGAAAUGUUUUAUGUAAACAUUUCUUGAUCUCUUGACCUGUACUGGCAUGAUUUUAUGCAUUUUUGCUGCUGCCACAUAGCUAGAUCAGCUAAUUAGAUAACUGCAAGAACAUGCAAGUGUACAUGUGUUCUUUAUAAAGUGCAGUGUGAUUUGUUUAUUUUAUUUUAUAUGGAAACUACCUCUGGGAAAUAUAUAAACACAAAGGAUUUUUAAGAAGGAAUGCAAAGUCAGCUUUCAGUGUAUCCGUAUCUGUUUUACCUACUUAUCAUGUUUAAAUGUUUGACUACAUUUAAAAUUUGUUGACAUAUUUGUAUUAAAUAACCUAAUAGCUAUGUCAUUAACCGAUUGUUGCACAAUUCUUACAGUAAAAGCAAUAUUUUCUUAUGAUAUUUAUUUGAUUUAUGUUAUGUAAACAAUUUAGUUUUUGCUUUGUU